AUGACUGUGAUCAAGGCAGGCGGAGCGGACCCGCGCGGAGACGGCGGCUCGUACGAGGCGAGGCGGCGGCAGUCGCUGCGGGCGCGGUACGCGUACGGGUUCGUCUUCUUCGCUACCAACCUGCUGGCCUGGUUCGUCAGGGACUACGGGGCCAGGGCGCUCCGCGGCCUGCAUCGUGGGUUCCUCUUCCGUCUUCCCUCCCCUUCAGAAUUCAGCUCUCGCAUCGCAUUUCCGAUGUGCCGGUCUGCGGAGCAGGGGACUCCAAGUGCUUCCAGUCCGGAGGAGUGCUUCGAGUCAGCUUGGGCUGCUUCGUAUCCUUUUUAUUUCACAAGCACGAUAUUUUUCUGGGUGAUGUUUGCCACAACAUUUGGAACUCGCAAGCUCCAUGAAGCUCGUAAUUCAUGGCAUUCUGGAUGCUGGAUUCUGAAGUCUCUUGUGUAUGCCAUGUCGAUCGGCAUCCCAUUUAUCAUCCCUAACAUCUUCAUCCAACUUUAUGGUGAAAUAGCUCGACUGGGUGCCGGGAUAUUUCUCCUCCUCCAGCUCAUAAGCAUGCUCCACUUCAUAUCAUGGUGCAAUAAACGUUGGAUGCCAGAUCCUGGAUCAAAUCAAUGUGGGUUGUUUGGGUUAUUCUUGUCAACCAUCUCCUACAUUGCUUCAUUUGCUGGAAUUGGCGUGCUGUAUGUUCUGUAUGUCCCCAACUCCUCUUGUGCGUUCAACAUCUUCACUAUUACAUGGACAGCAAUCUUGGUGACUGUAAUGAUGGCAGUAUCACUGCACUCCAAGGUUAACGAGGGUCUUCUCUCUUCUGGGAUCAUGAGUUCCUAUAUUGUCUUCCUUUGUUGGUCUGCACUCCACAGUGAGCCGCAAACCGGGAAGUGCCACUCUCAUAUGAAAAUUGCCAAGGAUGGUGAUUCAGCUACUAUUGUUAGCUUCAUUAUCGCAAUUUGUUCCAUUGUAAUGGCCACAUUUUCUACUGGAAUCGACACCAAAUCCUUCCAAUUUCGGAAUGAUGAAGUACAAUUGGAAGAGGACACCCCCUACAGCUAUGAGAUUUUCCACAUUGUGUUUGCAAUGGGAGCUAUGUACUUUGCAAUGCUGUUCAUUAGCUGGGAGCUUAAUCAUCCAACACGAAAGUGGAGCAUAGAUGUUGGAUGGGCUAGUACAUGGGUGAAGAUCAUCAACGAGUGGUUCGCGGCUAGCAUAUACAUCUGGAGGCUGAUCUCCCCAGCCGUAUUGAGGAACCAUGAAGAGUUCAUGCCACAUAGACCUACAAUAUAG